AGAAAGCCCAACUUGAUCCACUUAAUUGCCAGCACGCCUAGACUACGCUAAGGUAGGGGGGUAAUUCAAUUACAUUGUUUCAUCUCCGUUAUUCAACUUUCCUAUUACCUUAACCAUCGUCCUCACAACUCCAGAAAAUAUCAUCACAAACGCCGACUCCGUUUUUGCGCCGUUCCUGACCCAAUCUGCUUACGAUUCCAACAUUCAAUACCUCAAAAUGGUGAGUUGCUCUUGUUUGCUUCGAUUUACUGUCUACAUGUAUACCGUUGGAAAAUAAACAAAGGGCUUCCUUGCUGCUGCCCCUCGUAACCCCCUAAGUCCUGGCUUAGUGUCGGUGUUACGCGAUGGGAAACGACCAGUCAGCAGAAUCCUUUCUCGGCGGCUAGCAACAUGUAGCCAGCAGCGACGCCGCACCCAAGAAUUACUAUUCGCGAUCCUUUCAUUUCUCCGAAGCAACUCGAUUAUUGAAAAAUAAAGCAAUAGCAACGGCCUCAUCGUAUCUACAUCUUUUGUGGAUCUCAAUUGCUUCGCCUUUAUAUCUUCUGCGUUUGAUCGAGAUUUUAAAGAAAUUGUCGAUAUGGCUGCUAACGAUGCUCAGGCUUCAACCAACUACAAGGAGGCUUUCUCAUUAUUCGACAAGCGAGGCAAUGGCCGUGUUUCCCUCGACAGCCUCGGCGACCUCCUGCGCGCUUGUGGCCAGAACCCUACCUUAGCCGAGAUCAGAGAUUUGGAGCGUAAUGUUGGUGGUGACUUUGACUUUGAGACUUUCUCGAAAAUCCUGAAUCGACCAGGUGGCUUCCGCGACCCCGGCGAGCCUGACGAAUACUGCCGCGGCUUUCAAGUUUUCGAUAAGGACAUGACUGGCUUUAUUGGUGUUGGUCAACUCAAGUACAUCUUGACGAAUCUGGGAGAAAAGAUGACGGAUGAGGAGGUGGACGAGCUACUUAAGGCUGUCGACACCAGCUCAGGACAAGUCAACUAUACUGAACUUGUCCGAACCAUCCUAGCCAACUAAGAUCAUUUCAUCCUCACGAGCAUUGAUGGAAGCUGGAGUUUAGAGGCGUAGAAAUUAUUACAUGCACCCACGACACUUCUCAUAAAAGAAGGGUAUCAAUACAACACAUCAUAGGCAUAAAUGGGAGGACGACAUGGCGUUUGUUCAUUGACGGGAUUAUGCGAAACUGGAUUGACCUAUUUGGUCUCUUACGAUAGUCAUAAGUCAGAUACGGAAGAGAGGUGAAUAGGAUUGUAUGGCGGUGGUGUGGGCAUUCGGAACCCCUUUGCUUUUCACCGAUUCUAUACGUACCUAAUAUAAAAAUUCUUCUCAAUCCAGGACAACGGAUUUCAAUGGUUGCAUUCGGCUUUGCAGAUGAGAGGCUUGUUGGCUUUUGGUGUACGAGGUAGGUACCUGUUUUAAUUGGCUCGUAACGUACCUAAUUCUAGUUACGAUACCCCUAGAUUACAGUGUGAUCCCCCCGCAAUCUAGAAAAGGUCGGUGGGACGGGACUCGCAGGUGUCUUGGCUUCGUCACGAUCAGCCUACGUUUUAGCUC